UUAAAACCGACUCCACCCAAAAGUUAAACAAAGAUGGCGACUGGGUCUUUACUGGAGCAAACAGCAAGAAAGUGGCUGGAAGGUAAUAUGGAAGGAAGCAAUGCAGACUAUGACACAAAUACUAAAAGACUUAAUGUUCAAACCCCGGCAGGAGACUUCUAUAUAAUAGAUCCAGAAGGAAAAGAAGAUAAUUGGACUGUAUGGAGUGAUGAUACUAGCACUGCUCAGCGUUUCAGUCCUCAUAUUGAUUACUUCACAUUCAAUAAGACACUGACUCAAGUAUUAGAGAAAAUCAAGGAAUGCAUGACAACAUCAGCAUCAGCCACCAGUGACAGUGGAGGGGAGGAGGAGGAGGAGGAGGAAGAUGGAGAGGAUGAUGAAGGAUAUGAUUAUUACGGACUAGAUGAUGAUGAUUAUAAUGAUGAUGAUGAUGAUGUGAAAGAGAAGGAACAGAAUGAAGAUGAACAGGAAGUAUCAGCUGAUGACUUUUUCACUGGGGAUGGUAGUCCAGGAGCUGUACACAGAUUACUAGCAGAUCUAAAGAACAUGAAUAAGUCAGAUGGAAAGUUUGGUAUCUCAGGCUGUCCUAGAGGAGACAAUUUAUUUGUUUGGGAUGUGUAAUUAUCAGACUUUGAUACAAAAUCACUACUAUACCAAGAUUUAGAGGCAUAUGCUAAAAGAAGAAAUAGAAAACCUGUAAUUGAUAUUGAGAUGAAGUUUCCAAAGGAUUAUCCAAUGAAUCCACCUUUUGUACGAGUACUAAGACCCAGGUUUCAGUUUCUUACUGGUCAUGUUACUAUUGGUGGUAGUAUAUGUAUGCAGAUGUUAACAAGGUCAGGUUGGUCUCCAUCUAAUGAUAUAGAGAGUAUAUUAGCUCAAGUUAGAGCUGAAAUCAUGUCGGAUUCAAAUGCUCGUCUUGAUCUCUCAUCUAGUGGGGACUAUUCUGAGAGUGAAGCCAGACAAGCUUUUGAAAGAAUGGUUCAUAGAUAUGGCUGGAACAAAUAGUAUAAUUAUUUUUUCAUAAAUUUUAAUUUAAUGUUGCGUUUUUAACUAUUGUUGAAGCUACAUGUGUCUUUUUUCAUUGUUUUUAUUUUUAUUGUGUUAUAUACUUUUAUACUUCAUAGUUACUCCUUUCAUGGGAAGCUAGGCUGGUGGCUUCAUUUAUAUUCAUAGAAUUUUAAAAUUUCCAAUGUCUCAGCUAUGCUUAUGCAUGUACCUUCCUUUGUUUCCACACUUAGGCCUAUGAACACUUGCUAUCUUUCAAUCAAUUGAAUGUACUAAUAGUAAUUAAUUAAUUUUACAAGUUAAUAAUAAACUCGCUAACACUCUGUAAUUAGUUUUUAGUGUAAUGUAUUUUGUGUUUAUUAUUUUUGUUGCAAUUAUAUUAAA